AUGGUUGCUCGUACCAUUCCUCGUCUUGCCGGCUUCGUCUACCGCGAAAACCGCGUUCCUUACUACCAGCGUCUGUUCCAGUCGCACGAUGGCAAGCGUCAAUGGUGGAAGACUGGCCGCUCCGGUGCUAUUCUCUACCCCUACUACAUCUCUCUCUGGGGUACAACUGCCAUCACCACAUACGCCAUGAUCCGCUUGACCUUUGGCCACAAGACUUUCUUCGGCAAGGAGUAA